AUGGGCAACAACGAACGGAAACGAGGCUUGUUGUUGUUAUCGAUAGCUGCUUUAUUUACUCAAACACAUUCACUAGCUUACGAUGUACAUUGGUUAGGAGGCCCUACUACAAUAGAGCGGGAUGUGCCUUCAGCAAAACAGACUGUAGAUAUUUAUUGCUACACAGGCACCUCAAAAAACUUGUUUGCCCUUUGGCAAACAGUUCGAUUUCACAUAAAAAUAAAAAAUGAUGAAUACCGACAAUACAUUGGACCUAGCCCAGAAGAGGUAUACAAAGAGUACACAGAGGACAGUUAUGGCUGGUCUGUCGUCAACCCGUUUCAAAAGAAGAUUCAGAAAACCGUGUCCGUCAGUCUGUUUGGUCCUACGUGUAUGGCUGUUAACACUAAAGAGAGACACACUAUUGAUUUACAAGUUCUGAGAGUAGAUAUAUGGCGCAUUCUGUUAAUGGCCAGCGGUAUCAUACUGAUAUCCUCAUCAAGAGGUUUGAGUGCAAAUCCAUUGUUCUUUUACCUGUGUGGAAUAUUCGUAGGAGUGUUUGCAUCUUUCAUGGUCUUGGUGUACUAUGUCAGCAAACUAUUGCCGAGGAAAACUUUAACCUAUGGGAUUUUGAUCGGUGGAUGGACAGUCGGCGUGUACUUAUUCCAACAGAUAUGGGAGAACAUUCGCACCAUAGUCAUGACGUACCAAACUUAUAUGUUCUGGUACACAUUGGUGGUCAGCUUCGUUAGUUUCUUGGUGUGCUAUAGGAUAGGACCUCCUAAAAACCAGAGAAGCAAGAAUCUUGUCAUGUGGAUUUUGCAGGCGGUGGGAGUACUGAUGAUAUUCUUCAGCAGCGAAUAUCAAGAAGCUUCAGCGGCGGUCAUCAUAGCUACGUUGGUAACUAAAUACUUCCCACAGUCACUCAUCAACUGGAUACGCACAUGUUGGUGUCGCAAAUUCCCUCCCAAACCAAGACUGCUAACUAGUGAAGAAUACUACGAGCAAGGAGCUCGGGAAACCAAGAUGGCGCUGGAGAAUCUGCGGAAGUACUGCUCCAGCCCAGACUGUGCGCAGUGGAAGAUUAUGCUCAAGCUGAAUGAUUCCAAGAGAUUCGCGAGUUUCGUCGAAGGUAAUUCACACCUAAGCGACGACGAAGUUGUAGAUUAUGAGUCGUACGCCUUCUCAUUGGAACGCAGACGGAAACCGGAGCAUCCCAGCAGUAGUACGAGGAGCAUGGAGAUAUCUGAUGACGAUGAUGAGGACGACACAGACGAUGAUGAUUAA